GACAGAUUGAGUACCUGGAAUUUGGAGUUUUGAUAUCCAUCACACAAGUCGAGACACAAGAAGAUUCCUCCAAGCAAAGCGUAGCCGACGAUCGGUGACACUUUUACCUCGGCGAUCCUUCAAAACCUAUAUACUCCUGCUAUCCUCUUUUGAUCUCACACACCACACAACCAACUCCCACUCCAAAAACAUGCAGAUCAAAGACACAACCUUCAUCAUCUCCGGCGGCGCGAGCGGUCUCGGUCUCGCCACAGCCGAAGACCUGCACAGCCAUGGCGCCCACAUUGCAAUACUGGACAUGAACUCAGAAACAGGAUCCAAAGUCGUCUCCUCUCUAGGUUCAGACCGCAGCAGAUUCUUCGAAGUCGACGUCACAGACUCAGAUUCCCUCUCGAAAGCCGUAGAUGGCGUAGCGACAUGGGCGAAGCAAACUGGAAAGCCGAUCCGAGGACUGAUCCCAGCUGCUGGUGUUGGACAUCCUGCAAAGCUUCUGGACAAGAACCUGAACCCCGUUGGAAUGGAGAAGAUUGAUUUCGUGAUCGAUAUUAAUCUGCGGGGUGUGCUGAAUUUGAUUCGAUUGACGCUUCCGCAUAUCGCUAGGACGGAGCCACUGAAUGCAGACAAUUCCCGUGGCAUUGUGGUUCUGGUGUCGAGUUCGAGUGCCUUUGAAGGACAAGUCGGUCAGCUCUCGUAUGCUGCCACGAAAGGUGCUAUUCGUAGCAUGACCCUGGUUCUGGCCAGAGAUCUGGCGCCGAAUGGUAUCCGAGCUGUGUCAAUUGCGCCGUCUCUAUUCGAGACGAAUAUGUCCAAGCAGUUGCCUCCGAAGGUACAAGAGAGCUUGCGCAGAGUGGCAGAGUAUCCGAAGCGGUUGGGUAAUGCAAAAGAGUUCGCGCAUGCUGUGCGAUUCUUGGUGGAGAAUGAUUACAUGAACGGAGACUGCUUGAGGUUGGACGCUGCGACGAGAAUGCCGGCGAAGAUGUAAACGCCAGAGCAAAUUGGGUAUCUCAUGCGAUGUAUAGAUAUGAAGCAAGCAAGCAAGCGUUGAAGG